GCAAAAGUGACAGCUGGAAGUGGGAUUUAACAUUUAAUCUAAGUAAUAGUAUAAAAAAAAUAGUACAAAAAGAAAGGACAUUAGAAUAAUCUCAAAUGAGUGAAGAAUUCAGCCCAGGUUCAGAGAAAAUGGAUAUAUCAGAAGCAUCUGAUGGUUCAUUUCCUCAGUAUUCAGUUGAAAGCACUGAGCCAGUGCUGAGAUUAUCAGAGCCUUUAACUAUAGACAAUGAUAAUGAAAGACUUGAUAAUAGUAAGCAAUAUGAGGAAUCAAGUACAAUACGUACCAAUAAAAACACAUCCCUUACAAAAAAUGCAACCAACUCUCAUCCCCUUAUGUACACCUCACCAAGAAGCCCCAUGUCACCUGACUUUCCAGACCUGAUUCCGGAGAAACCCAAAAGUCGGGUUCUGGCUUAUGAAAGGUACAAUUUUCAUCCAGUAGCUCAUAGUUCUGGACACUUGGAGUCCAGUCAAGAAUCUCAGGAUAUACAGUUUGAUCAUUUAAAUUUAGAGUCCCCUAAGCUUGAAGAUUAUACUGGAAGUUUACCAGAGAGCCCAACAGCUUUAAAAAAAUCUUUGCAGUAUGAAAUGCCACAAGAAUUAUCACAAGCUGAUUUAAGUGACAAUGAGAAUGAUAAAUCAAUUUAUGAGGCACAUCUGAGUUCUAAUCUGCAGAAUGUUUCAUUGACCAUGAAUGAAAAAGAAGGAAAUUUAAAUUUCUUGGCUCAUGGUAAGCAAAGUAAUAAAUUGAGACGAAUCAAAGUAGUACCAACGGAAUUAGAUAUUGAUAGCGACUUGUCCAGUUUGGGCAGUUCUCCGGAUUCUCUAAAGUCUGAAGAUGUCUUUAAAAAUUUCCAAAAUCGUGAUGAACAAGUUGAGGCGGACUUGAGCCAAUCGCGCAACGAAUCUCCCGAGCCAAUAGAACCAUUAAGUGCCGAUGAUGAACGAAGACAUGCGAGAUUCUGGCAACGAAUGGUUUUGCCAGGUGGCGAACAACGAACUAUCGAUAUGAGAGUCAUAGAGCCUUACAAGAGAGUUCUUUCACAUGGAGGCUAUCUCAGGGCUGGCGGUCAUACUGCCAUUGUAAUAUUCUCCGCUUGCUUCUUACCAGAUAAAUCCAGAUGUGAUUAUGACUAUGUUAUGGACAAUCUAUUUUUGUAUGUGUUAUGGACUUUGGAACGAUUGGUAACGGAAGACUACGUGCUGGUAUAUUUGCACGGAGGUGGAUCACGACUUCCUUCGUUCAAGUGGAUUAAAAGAUGCUACCAAAUGGUGGGACGAAAGUUGAGGAAAAACGUGAGCCAUUUGUAUAUAGUCCAUCCAACAUUAUUGAUUAAAACCAUGUUUUAUAUGGCAAAACCGUUCGUAAGUGCAAAGUUCUAUCGGAAAAUUUCGUUUAUUGCCAGUUUGAAGGAACUUAAAGACAGUGUGCCUAUCGAGUUGGCUGCAAUUCCAGAUAAAGUCAAAGCUUAUGAUGAUCUCCAUUGCCACUGAGGGUGAAACAUAAGCAUAUUUUACAUUUCAAACAUUCCUACUAAGUAAACGAAGAUAGCAAAACAGAAGUUACUUGAACCAUGAAAAGAAGAAAACGAACCAAUUCAUUUUAAUGAUUUAUUUCUUUUUACAUAUAAGUAUUUUCCUUUUUCUUUUGUUGAUGUGCUGAGAUUUUAUUGAACAUAUCAAUAUCCGUUAUAUUUAUUUUUUUUUCUUUUAGUAUAAUUUAUUUGUGUUUUUAAUACUGAAAAGAACAUACAACAUUGACAACUGAUUUUAAUUCUUUGUCGGUAGUGAUUUAUUGUUAUUUGCAUUUAAUUUUUGUGUAGGAAACUUAAUUGUUUUGGCUCUCUAUUUUGGUAAUUCAAAACAAUCGUAACUUAGUAUACGUAUAAGUUAUUUAUAUUAUUUUCACUCGCAGUUCAUUUUUAGUGUAAUUGUCCCAAGGUUUAUAAAUCAGCUGUGAGUGAACAACAAUAUGUCUACUUGAAUUACCAGUACUUAAUUUGCGCUGUCCAAAGUAUUGUCGUUUCAGUAUUUUUUUUUCUUAUUCAUAAUUUAUUUUAAAAUCUGUGAUCUAUAUAUUCACGUCCUGAGUAAAAUAUACAAAUUCUAUGCAAAUGAUUAAACAGAUUGAUGAAAAAAGUACAUAUAUAGAUUUAUAGUAUGGAGUAGAAUAUUUUUUUAAUAUAAUAACUCGUAUAUUAUAUGUAUUUUCUAAAAAUUUCCGUUCAUAUCGUUUUUUUUUUGUUAAUUAUUAUUAUUUAUGAACCAACAUUGCCUUUCCUCUUUCUAUACAUAUUCAGUUUUUGUUAUUAAGAAACAAAACUGCACUGGACAAAUAACAAAAUUCAAAUAAAAAGCUUUAAAAUUGUAAAUAAUAAUGAUUGAUAGUUAAAAAAAAAUAUAAUUACGAUCUGUAAAUAUGUUCAAUUACAUUGUGGACAUGAACAAAGGCUAUAGUGGAUUUUAGAUCUGAAACGAGUGAAAACAUUCAAUGUUUUUUCUUCGUUCUCUUCAUUUUCAUUAAUACCCGGACACAUCGAAUAUAAUUUGUAUAUUUGUAAAAUGAAGAUGCAUGAGUGUUGUGAUUUAUCUUUUUUUAUUGUAUUUUCCUAUUUAUUGUUCUAUGUUUAUAACUUUUUGUAAUUCAAUACAGUAUUGCCACAGUUAUUUUCUGUACAAGGGAAAAGAGUAAUGAUUGGUAGUAAUUUGCUUAGGCAAUAUUCUUUGGUAGAUGUCGCUUGUAUUUGGUGGGACCGUGUUACGAAAAAUUAAAUUAAAUUUGGGAUGGAAUAUUACGUAAAAAAAACAAA